AUGAAUUCCCAUCUUCAACAAUCAGCCAACACUCGAGUCGUAUGGGAUAGCCGCACUCAUGAAAUUUGUCCACUACAACAAUUACCCUCUCCUGAAUCUGUUGAAUCUCCUACACAACGAAGAACAGUAUUAGAAAACACAAUGCUUUCAUCUCAAGAGUGGUGUCAAGGGCUCCAUCUUUUGCGUCAUUCGCACAGCAUGCAAAUGAACACUGUUGGAGGCAGUGCAACUUGCAACGAUGACAACAUGCACCAACACCAUCAUGGUUUCUAUCAAUGGGAGGUUGUCAAUGUCGUGAGCGAGGGAAUACAUGCACGGUAUCAAGGACGAGGGGCGCAUGCACCUUUUGAUACGCAAAUACCACUUGGAGAAUUGACUCCAGAGGCUUUAAACCCCAUCGAAAUGCAAAACGUAUUGAAUAAUUACUACAACCACCCUACCAACACAUCGUUUCCUUCUUCUUCUUCUGAAGUAGUACAGAAUACGACAUGCCACAUGUUGCAAGCAUCAACCUCCCCAUGCGCAUGGCUUCAACAUGCUUCACUUCUAGAACUCAUUAGAAAGGAUCCUUCUCAACAUGUGAAGGAUUUAGAACAUACACAUCUCUCACGACUGUUAACAUAUAUUCACAACAUGGGCGAAACCUUCUCAUCGAUGAAAUUUGAUAUCUUCUCAGCUCCCAACGCCCAACAUAAAGAGAGAAUUGACAAAGCACAAAGUGCAGUCUAUGUCAUGUCAGGAAAGUUAUAUUUUCCGAAGAAGGAAUUUAUUCGUUUGAGUUUAAAAGCCAUGAUGGAUGCUCUCUCCCAACACAUCAAAGAUUUAUCGAGAAGAAAUUCGAUAUGGAUUUUGGUGAACCAUCAAUUUUACUACACCACCUGCGAUGCCAAGAGAGUGAAUUUUCCGAAUUGCGAUAACAUUUUACAAUUGAAUACAGACCAAACGGUGUCUUUAAGGAGAGAAGAUACGCUAAAUGGGUUUUCUAACAAGGCAGUGUCUCCUACUAGUGCUGUAUUUCGAUUCAAACGUUCCUUAUUUGAGAAAUAUCAUCCCAAUACAGAUCUUCCCACUCAUACUUUGGAAAAAACAACAUUGAUUUGUAAGAGAAUAGCAAAACCAACUUCAAACCCAAAUAAGAAAGGAAAAGAACAUGAUAUUUGGUUGAGGGUGGACAAGGAAUGA